UACGCACGCGACGAGCACUGAGCUAGGUGAUCGUGCACCUGGGUCGUUUUUUUUUUUCUCCUCCGAGACUCCGGGUCUAUGGGCAGAUCCUCCUGUCCAAAUUUAUUCCACGGUUAUCAUUCCACUGUGUCCGUUAUGUCUAGAGAAUUCCUUUUUCAAUGUUUCUUGUGUGAUUUCAAAUCACCCUAUGAUUACUUCGGUCGCAAACCGCCGUUUGUGAAAUCGGUGAGAUUAAUAGAUAAAGCCUAUGUGUUAAAGGACCCUUUUGCACCAGAAGGAAGACAUAUCACAGUAGGAUCACACUGCUCAGUCUGUGAGCAAGCAGUUUGUGCCGGUCAGGAUUGUAGCUUAUUCUACACAAGAUGGUUUUGCCUUCCGUGCGUAAAGAAGAAUAUCAACGAGUUUCCUCAAGAAAUUCUACAGGAGGUAGAAAAGAAAGGCAGUUUAGCUAAAGACUGAGGACUUCAUGAACUCACCAAGAAGACUCCUUUCCAGUGUCUACGUCAUCCAAUAAUGAUAUAGCACAGGAUAGUAGGAACUGACCAAGAUGGAAGUUUACACUUACAGGAAAAGUGUACAGUGCAUGGUAAAUGUAUGGACCUGCAGUGGACUACAUGCCUCUCUUUAACCUGAAUGGUGAAUCGUGGCCGGCCAAGCACUGCUGUCACCCUGAAUGGUGAAUCGUGGCCGGCCAAGCACUGCUGUCACCAUGAAUGGUGAAUCGUGGCCGGCCAAGCACUGCUGUCACCCACACACUAAUACAUCUACAUUCUGUUGAGGGUUUGUGCACAUUCAGCUGAGAAUGGUUUUGUGCACAUUUUUGUACACAUUAAUUGAGGGUUUGUGCACAUUCAA